AAACUACCCACUUCACAUAAUGGGAUUUGCGUCAGCAGCAUAGCAUUCAUUCGAGUUAUUUGAUGACGCAGGAAAGUUUCAUUACGACUGGCUCGGAUAAUAAGAAUUUGAGUGCCGAGCAGGGUGGUAUGUUCUCUGCAUCCAUACCACCGUUCCAGAGAAGUGGGGGUACUGAACUCCUCGGCAUGCUGGGUCAGCAAGAACCACGCGCCGCAGAUCCUGCUCCCAGUGCGGCAGAUAUGGACGAUAUUCUAAUGAACAUUCGAAUGAACGGCUCCGAUAUGCUAUUUGACGAAGUAGAUCAAAAUCAAAACUAUUACCUAGGCGGUAACAGACCGGAGUCGGUGGCAUCUUCGAACAUUUGGAACGAUAAUACGUCUGUGUCUGGCGCUAGAAAUGGCGAAAUGAUGGACACUUUCGAUUUCCUUAUCAAAAGUCUCUCAUCAGCAAACAACUACGUGUCGAUGCUGACUCGCGAGCAAUUGUCUGUGCUGCGUUCGAUCCGGCCGAGUCUGCUGUACGAGUUCCUGCAGGAGGUGGCUAAGGUGCGCAGCGACAGGCGUAUGCGCCGGGCCCUGCCCAACGAAUGCGCUUUCUGCAAAAACAACGGUGAAAAUGAGGAGUGCUAUUCGUCGCACGCGCUGAAGGACUGGCGCGGACGCGUCCUGUGUCCAGUGCUGCGCGCCUUCCGCUGUCCUCGCUGCGGCGCGACCGGCGACCGCGCACACACCAUCAAGUACUGCCCGGAGAACGCUGACACUGCUUCGGAGCGUUCCGGCAGUCUCUCUGCUCGUCGCCGCGUGCCGCCAUCGGCUUCCUUAGUCCUGGGAGGAUCGACCACAAGGACCAACUACGGGCCGCUGACCCCCACCGCGCCGGCACCCUCGCCCGUCCCCACUUCCACAUCCUUCUCCUCCUCAUUUUGGACCAGCUUCAGCAUGAAUUAAAACGACUUACGCUGUUCGUAUUUGAUUGAUUCAAAAUUUGUUGAAAUGCUUUAAUUGAUUAACUUUCAUUAUCUUCUUCGGUCACAUUUGCAGAUUGCCGCUGGUACUCGCAGACAGUAGUUACCACCAUAACCACACCGUCGUGGUAGCUGGCAAUAAUUCUACUGCAUGUAAAAUUUUGUUGCCUUAAUAACUUCUAUAUAACUUGUUAUAAUUUUGUACUAGAGUUAGACUACUUACGACCAAUUACAACGUUUUCUAUUACACAGCCCAUAUGUGUUCACUUAACUAUUUUUCAUGGUAGAGAAUGUGAAUAUAGAUUGGGUUGACGUCACGGAUAUUCGAAUAAAGGUAUGCAGGUCAUACUUUAUUUGAAAUUGUUAUAAGUGACUGACUAAUGUAGAAUUUAGUAAGCAUACGUUGACCUUUUUAUUUCGACUAGAAAUGUUUUGUAAAUGUUGAUCUCGAUGGUAUGAAAAGAAUUUCUUACUAAAUUGAAUAUCAAUUUAUAAAAUUUAAAUCCCUGUCGAAAACGUUUCUAUGUUUGUUUAAGCGGUGAAUUUUUCAUUGGGUUUUCAUAUUUAUGCAUUAUCAGAUGUUACGGCUCAUUAUUAUACAGAAAAGUUUUAACCAAUUGUCAUCUUUUUCAAAAAUAUAAUUCAAUCAUAAUAAUUUCGAAAUUUCAAUGAAUUUAUUGUUAAUACUGAUGCUCUAAUAAAUUACAUGUAUUUGUAAAUCUACCGAA